AUAGCAUCCUGCAGAUUAUCUAUCGUGUAGACCAACACGAGCUCCUCAAACCAUAAUGAUGUUAGCUCCAGCAAUCGCUGCUGGCACUGAAUCCCUGUCCACUAGAGCCAACAGAGGAACACGGCCAUCGACCAAUAGGUAGAUGCUACGUACCGAUAACCUAGUAUUCAGUACCUAUGACGCAGUACAUCACCUGCGUCCAUGCUAAGGAGUUUUUUACAUAUAUACGCAAGCCCCAUCACACUUCGUACAAGCUCUUUCCUCUUUUACCUGUAUUCAUGCAUCUUCUCUCUCAACUAAACGAAGACAGAAUCCCAGCAUGAAGCUCUCUCUCAACCUUCUCAUGAUCGUCGGAUCCUCUGCCAUCGUCCGGGCUGCUCUAGUCCCAGUCCCAGGCGCCACCGAAGAGCUCUGUGGACGCCUCGGAGUCAUGUACUACGACCCUGAUGAUCUUCCUGGGGGCGUGGAGGUUCAUGAGAUACGGAAGUGUGCCGGACAUCCCUUGGGUCGCGAAAACUAUUGGGGCUUGGGUGACUACUUGCCGAGAUGGUUUCCUUAGAUACUUCCUGGGUAAGGAGGUAACGUGGUCUCAUAUACAAGUCUAUUAUACGGGGGUCUUAGAUGCAUGGUGAUGGGGGGGCUGUGUUGUUAAUGUGCCGGUUCUUGUGUCGUCGGUGAGACGGUUUUGGGGUGGAAUAGCUCGAUACUGACCCCAUGAUCUUUGUCUUUUUUGUCCCAGUAUGGCUGGUGCCUGUCCAAAAUAUAAUGCAAUGUUUUCUGCGGGGUCUUUAUCGAAUAGUGGUGUUGAGGUAUCGGAUCGUUGGCCUAUAGACCUUACGGAUGACACCUCGUGUAUAUAUCCAGGUAAUGUUAGUCACUUGUUUGAUUUCAGUAGCAAUCCCCAAAAAGAAAGGGAAGAAAGGAAAAUCGUACAGCAUUAAUAUAAUUAUGAAAAUG